AUGGUUCUCGAUGCUGUUGCAACGUCCGAAAGCGCUUUGUUGCGUGCUCUGGAGAGGUUGAAGGCCACUGCAGGUCCUGGAACAGUUCAUCCUUCGUCCGACUCACUUGUUAAAGGCGAGACAGAUGACAGCGAAGAUGAGUAUCAGCCGGGUCAACAAGAGUCGGAACAAGAUCAAGCAGACGAAACAAAAUUAGUUACAUUGAAAAAUGCUCACCGUGUCACUCAGCGCGCCAUGCUUACCAUGGAAAGAGAGGGGAAGCAACGCCAUGCAGACGAGCAGGUCGGGUUCAUCAUCAUAAAACGCGACAACAACAAGCCAGAUACCUAUGGCGAGUCGUCAGAAACAUACGGCCCACUGCCGUGGCCGGGGGUCGCCGAAGCAUACAACAAAAAGUAUGAUAUGUCUGUCGGUCCAGCGGCGAUGGAAAAGCGCGCGCGACAACAUCGACCUGCUUGGUUAGCCAAACAUCCAGGUUAUCCCCUCAAAAUAGUGUACGCAAAGAAACCAAAAGCACAAGCCGCUCGGCGCUCGAAGGUUGCCACCCUACACGCUCACGCUCCUUGCGUGCAAGCCUACACCAACAACCAAAAGAUGCGUGCGGAUAAGGCCGAAGGUUCCAUCUCCAAUGAACGCAUCGCUGGAUGGAUGCCUCCAGAUGCCAUUCGAAAUCGAGCAGACGUACAUAACUACAUAGACGACCUGAUGUCGGCACACGUCGAAAAGGUUGUACUAGAGGUACAUGACGCACAUGACUCACCAUCUGAAGUUGUCAUCGGCGACCUCGAAGACCUUGGUAGCAGCUCCGUGGUGCUUCAGCAAUUAAUGGCUGCCGACAGCGAAACGACAGUACAGGUUGAAUGCUCAUCUAUAGAGGUCGUUCAGUGCUUCAAGAUGACCAUAUGUGUCGGCUGA